UUCCAGAACCGAAACAGGAAGUGGGCUCAAAACCCCAGAAGCCGGGAGCAGCGCCUGCCUCCCUGCGCCCUAGCGACCCGCCACCGGUCCAGUCUCUGUCCCGAGUGCUAGAACCCCAACCCCCUCCGAACCCCGCGAACUUGUGAGAUCAUGUCGAACAUGGAGAAACACUUAUUUAGCUUGAAGUUUGCUGCAAAAGAACUUAAUAGGAAUGCCAAGAAAUGUGAUAAAGAAGAAAAAGCUGAAAAGGCCAAGAUAAAAAAGGCCAUUCAGAAAGGCAAUACAGAAGUUGCAAGAAUUCAUGCUGAAAAUGCAAUCCGUCAGAAAAACCAGGCAAUCAAUUUCUUGAGAAUGAGUGCUAGGGUUGAUGCUGUGGCAGCCAGAGUUCAAACUGCAGUAACAAUGGGCAAGGUGACAAAAUCCAUGGCAGGAGUAGUUAAAUCUAUGGAUGCUACAUUGAGGAGUAUGAACCUUGAAAAGAUUUCUGCCUUAAUGGACAAAUUUGAACAUCAAUUUGAAACAUUGGAUGUUCAAACACAACAAAUGGAAGAUACAAUGAGUAGCACUACAACCCUAACAACACCACAGAACCAAGUGGAUAUGCUGCUUCAGGAAAUGGCAGAUGAAGCUGGCCUUGAUCUCAAUAUGGAGCUCCCACAGGGGCAGACAGGCUCUGUUGGUGCAAGUGUUGCUUCUACGGAGCAGGAUGAACUGUCACAGAGGCUUGCUCGUCUUCGUGAUCAAGUGUAACUUAAAUAACUGGUGCUUCUGUUUCCUCCACGUGUGUCUGAAACAGCCUCUGUGUUUGUAUAUAAAGUUGAACUCUAGUGAGAAAAACAUUAUACAUGCCAGAAUGUUUGAACAUUAUUUAUAUAUGAUGCUUUAUUUUGCCUUGUGUAAUUUGCAGUGCAUUAAGAAAUUUCCAUAUUGGCAGAUUUUAUAAUUUGGAAUAUUAUGUGUAAAGGUGUAAGGGACAUAUUUUUGUAGAUGUCUUUGACAAAGCUAGCAUUAAUUUUCUUUAUAUUAUACGUCUUCCUCAAAUAGUAGAGAAAACAUCUAGCACCUACUAACUAAAGUAAUUUUGUCAGAAUGAAGGCUUUGUUUUUAGGGACUUUUCAGUCAUUGUGAUGAAAUGUGAUUUUGUAAAAAUAAAAACAAGGAAAGCAUGUUUAUUUAAUAUGUUUACAUAGCCCCAAGCAUCACAAAUAGGCUGUAUCAUUUUCUAUAGGACUUUUAAAAAUUAUUUUAUUUUGUAUGUGAUUGUUUUGCCUGCAUGUAUAACUGUAAUACUUGUGUGCCUGGUGCCCACAGAGCCAGAAGAGGACAUUGAAUCCCCUGGAACUGGAGUUAUAGACAGUUGUGAGCCAACAUGUGGAAGCUGGGAACUAAACCCAGCCCUUCCAGAAGAAUAGCCAGUGCUCUUAACUCUUGGGCCAUAUACCCAGCCCAUUUUGUUUAGUUUUGUUGUAGGGUUGUUUUUAAAGUCAGCGUGGGAAUAUGUAAUGCAGAGUAGUCUCAGACUCAGUGAUCCUUCAGCCUUGGUCUCUUGGUGUAUGCUAUCACACCCAGCUCAUUUGCUAUGAUUCAUGGGUUUUUCACUAUGUGCUUUAGUUAUUUUUCUAUUUCUUUGAUAAAAUACCAUCUCCCAAAAAUGACUUACGGAAGCAAGGAGUUAUUUUACUUUAUGAUUCCAGAGGGAUGAGGGUUCAUCAUAGAGGGGAGGCAUGGCAGCAGGAACAGGACGCUGAGCUGUCACAUCUUCACUGGUAAAUACAAAGCAGAGCAAACAGACUGGAAAUGGGACAGGGCUAUAAGCUCUCAAAACCCACCCCAGUGCCAUAUUUUGUUCAGCAAAUCCUCACAUUAGCAUAACUUCCCCAAACCUCACCACUAACUGAGAAACAAGUAUUCAGAUGCAUGGACCUGUGGACAAGAUUUCUCAUUCACACCACCACAAUCCUCACCCUGGCUCCCAUAGGCCUGUGGCCAUAUCAUAAUGUUAAGUAUGUUUAUUUCAACUUUAAAGGUGACCAUAGUCUUUCUCAAUAUGAACACCAUUUCAAAUUUCAAAGUCCAACAUCUCUUGUGAGACUCAAGGCAAUCCCUUAACUGUAGCCACCUAUAAAUCUAAAAGCAAUUAGCCGACUUCUAACAUUCAAUGGCACAAAAUAAACAUCAUUUUAAAGGGGAGGAAUGAGAGCAUAGUGAGGAAGUACUGGACUGCAGAAAGACUGAAACUUAGCAGGGCAAACAAGCAAAACCUGUAGCUCCAUGUCUGAUGUCUAGAUCUAUAGGAAGUUAAGGCUUACCAGGCUAAAAGGAGCCAACCUGGAGUCUGCCUGGUGCUGUCAGAGGUCCUGAUCAUGCCUGGCCAAUGAGGGGCGGCCCUGCAUUGUCAAUGGAUCGGAAUGCCUGGGUGCUAGGAGGGUAUAUAAGGUUCUCCCCAUUGCUAAAUAAACAAGUCUGCUGUGUCCCUUUCACCGGACUCCUUGAGUCUGUGUUGUUGACAUCCAGCCAUCUUGCCGUCUCCCCUGAGGAAGACAUUAGGGCUCAGCUACAUGGGACUUUACUUUCAAAGACAUAGAUGGCUUAACCUCCGAGCUGUGCUGCGUACAACAACAGAGUGCUCUCUAGUUCCAAUUUCUGUAUUAGUUACUUUUCCCGUUCUGUGAUUAAGCACCAUGGCCAGCAGCAAUUUAUAAAGAGUUUCUUUUGGCUUACCAUUCCAGAGAGAUAAGAAAGAGUCCAUCAAGGCAGGGGGAGGCUUGGAAGCAAGAGCAGGAAGCUGAGAGAUCACAUCUUGCAUGACAAACAUGAAGCACACCCAGCAAAAUGAAAGUGGGACUAGGCUAUACACUCCCAAUGCCUGUCCCUGGUGACGUAAUUCCUCCAGCAAAGUUGUACAGUGACCUGUACCAUAACCUUUCCAAACAGCAUCACCAACUGGUGAUCAUAGUUUCAAAUAUGGGGGACCUUUCUCAUUCAAACCACCACAUUAUGUAAGGAGAAACACGGUCAAUAUUUACUUUGUUUUUGUCAGCUGUUAAGUUUAAAUGAUUACAGUUUUAUCCACCAGUAGUUUAAGUCAUCAUCCACCAAUGAUGACUAUUGGUUAAACUGUUGUUUUUUUUUUUUGAGACAAGGUUUUUCCAUAGCUUUUGGAGCCUGUUGUGGAACUAGCUCUUUAGACCAGGAUAGCCUAGAACUCACAAAGAUCCGCCUGCCUCUGCCUCCCAAGUGCUGGGAUUAAAGGCAUGUGCUACCACCACCUGGCUAUUCAUUCAAGUUUUAAGACUUUUUCAUUGACAAUUUGUUACAUUACUAGGAAAAUUCUGCAAAACUAAUCUGAAGAAAUGAAGGCAUGUUCCUUUUUAACUUUCCUGUUUGCAACAUAUUAUUGUUACAGUCCCCAAAAAGCUCUUUUUUUCUGGAAAUUCCUAGGUGAUUGGCCAUGCCAAGGUGAAGUUGAAUGUCUCCUUAGCCGCCAGCUAUCAGAAACUCAUGGAAGUAGACAGUGACCAUGAACAUUGUACUUUUUCUGAGAAGUACUUGGCCACAGAUGUUGCUGCUGAUGCUCUGGGUGAAGAAGAGUGGAAAGGAUAUGUAGUCUGGAUCUGUGAUGAGAUGAACAAACAAGGUUUUCCAAUGAAGCAAGGCAUCUUGACCUUUGCCAGAGUGCACCUGCUGUUGAGUAAAGGUUAUUCUUGUUGUAGCGAGGACGAAUUAGAGAAAAAAAGCACAAAUCUGUUUAGGGAUGCAUUAUACGUUGUUGUGGGAUAUUUUGAUCACACUCUUUACACUCCUGGGACUGACUAUAACGUUUACCUUGAAUUGGAGGGCAGAUCUAGCUGCUAGAUCUCCAUAGAGAUUUUUGGAGGAAAGAGGACAUAUGGAGAGACACAGGAAGUAGUAGGGAGAGGCUUAGAUUCAAAGAUCCUUUUGGAUUGAGGAAAGAGAGAGGGGAAGUCACUGGUCAC